AACUAAAUUAAACUCCCAAGAACAAUUCUUAGCCUAAUUAAAUUUGUGUGGAUCUUCUUGCUUGUUUGUUAUUCUAGAAAAGUUGAAUAGUUCAAAAUCAAAGUGCAAAUCAUCCUUGGUGUAUAUAGCAACCCUUUUGCCCCCUCUCUCAUAUGCUACUUCCAGGUCAACUUAUAACGACAGGUUUUCUCCCAAUUCCCAUUCUUUUUGCUUGUUUCAAAGUCUCUCCAUGAAUUAAUGAGGAAGCAUUGACUUAGAAAAUACAACCUCAUGUCCAUAUAAAGUAGUAUGUUAUAAUUGUCUCUUUGAAUUGAAUAUAAAUAUUGCACAAAAACUUAAUAAUUUGUACUUUCAACAACUCCAUGGACAAUCCCUAUUGCCUAGUUAUUAUUCUUGCAUUGAUCUUUUGCCCUAUUCUUGUGAGAGCUCAAUCUUUUGAUUUUGCUUACAAUGGAUUCAAUAACUCAAAUAUCAUUAGAGACGGAGUAGCAAUAAUCAAUUCAAGUGGUGCACUUAAGCUCACUAAUAGAUCAUAUAAUGUUAUAGGUCAUGCUUUCCACCCCAAUCCUGUACCAAUUUUCAACUCCAGUACUAAAAAUGUUACUUCAUUUAGUACAUACUUCGUCUUCGCCAUCGUCCCUCUUGAGAAAACCUCUGGUGGCUUUGGCUUUGCUUUCACCUUAUCUCCAUCCCCGGGUUUUCCGGGUGCUCAGGGUGAUCAUUUUCUUGGAGUCGUCAACAUUACGAACGAUGGCAAUGAUACUAACCACAUCUUCAUGGUUGAAUUUGACACUGUGAAUGGUCACAAUGAAGGUGUAGACACAGAUGGAAAUCACAUUGGGGUCAACAGAAAUGGCAUGAGCCCUACAGCGUCAAAAUCAGCUGACUACUAUGUUAAUGAUUCUGCUGUAGCAGAGCAGGUAAAUCUACAAAGUGGAGAAUCAAUUCAAGCUUGGAUUGAUUAUGAUGGAAUGAGCAAAGUGGUGAAUGUAACUAUAUCUCCCAUAACAGUUCCAAAGCCAGGUAGGCCUCUGAUCAGUGAGGUCGUAGAUUUAUCUACUGUGUUGAACGAAACUAUGUAUGCUGGUUUCUCAGCAGCCACGGGAGACAAAGCGAGCUCUCAUUACAUCUUGGGUUGGAGUUUUCGGUUGAAUGGAGCUGCUGAUCCUUUAGAUCUUGUAAAGCUACCUGUUGCCCCACCUGAAGUGGUAACAUCAUCCAAGAAUUCCCAUCUCAAAAGGGCCUUGAUCGGAACAUUUUGCUCCGUCGUUAUCCUGCUCCUUGGGGCAUUUUACAUCUAUACAAGGAUGAGGCAACAUGAAGUUCUAGAGGACUGGGAGCUGGAUUGUCCUCACAGGUUCCGAUAUAGACAUCUUUACAAGGCAACUAAGGGAUUCCAGGAGAGUGAACUAAUUGGAGUUGGUGGAUUUGGUGCUGUUUACAAGGGUGUUUUGCCUACUAAUGGAGCAGAAGUUGCAGUGAAGAAGAUAUCGAGCAAUUCUCUUCAAGGAAUGAGAGAAUUUGCAGCGGAGAUCGAAAGCUUAGGCAGGUUAAGGCACAAACACUUGAUCAACCUUCAAGGCUGGUGCAAGAACAAAAAUGAUCUUCUCCUAGUGUAUGACUAUGUCCCAAAUGGAAGUCUUGAUUCAUUACUUUACAGACAGAAGAGGGACAUUGUUUUAACAUGGGAACAGAGAUUUAACAUCAUCAAAGGGAUUGCUGCAGGGCUUCUUUACUUGCAUGAAGAAUGGGAACAAGUGGUAAUACAUCGCGAUGUGAAAAGCAGUAACGUCCUUAUUGAUGGGGAAAUGAAUGGCCGGUUAGGGGAUUUUGGGUUAGCAAGAUUAUACGACCAUGGCAAGAAUUCACACACAACAAAUGUUGUUGGCACAAUAGGGUACAUUGCACCAGAAUUGACACGAACAGGAAAGGCCUCAACGAGAACGGAUGUGUAUGCAUAUGGUGUACUACUUCUUGAAGUAGCUAGUGGAAGACCUCCUAUUGUCUAUGAACCAGGGAAAGGAGCUUUAGUACUAGCUGAUUGGGUGAUUGAAUGUUUACAACUAGGUAAUAUUCUUGAUGCAGUUGAUCAAAGGUUGAAUUCAGUGUAUGUAGAUAAAGAGGUUCAAAUGAUUUUCAGACUUGGGCUUGUUUGUUCUCACCCAAGGUCAGAAGCUAGGCCAACAAUGAGACAAGUAAUGAAGUACCUCAAUGGAGAUGAAUCACUUCCAGUUUUUGAGCAACAGUUGAGUUGUAUUGGAUCUGAUAGGGUUGAUGAAAUCACAGCCAAGUUCUUGGAAGUGUUUUCUACUGAUACAAUCAAUAUAUCACGUCGUUCGCUAUCCGUCGGACAGAUAUCAUCUAGUUCACUCCAUUCUGGUCGAUGAAAACAUGGAAUUUGUACCCAAAUCCUAUUUUUCUUCCUCAUAAUUCUGCAAUUACUCUUUAGAUAGGUCAUCUGUUUCUGGGCUCAUUCAACAUUCACAAGCUAACAAGGAAGAGAAACCUAAUCUCACUCCUAUGUCUGCAAUAUCACUUAUCACAUCCUAUACUUUUGUUCAUGUACAAACUCUAUUUCUUGAAUGUUUUAAACACAGAUUCUAAUUGUGUUAUUCUAAUUUCAUGUAUGAGAUGAGUUUUUGUUGUAGGGUUCAGAACCAAAACCAAUUGGUCAUUUUCUCAAAAAAAAAAAAAGAAUUGCAGCUUUGUUUGAGGCAUGGUUUAUUAAUCACUGGAGACUUUUGUAAUCAUCUAUUUAGUUUGAGGCAUGAUUUGUGUUUUUCCAAUGGUAAUGGAAAGCAACUUUGCUAA